AGAUUUGCGGUGAUUAAGACAGAGAUUGUUAAAUCACUUCCAGUAGCGAUCGUAGUAGAGCCGACUGCUAUUCGCGCAAUUCCGAUCAUGUCGUGCGAUCGGGACAGCACAAUAUGGGAAAUGCAAAAGAACACGUUGACGAUGUUUGCGUCGGAGAUCGUCGGCACGGGUAUUCUCAUAUUUCUCGGUUGCAUGGGAUGUAUCGGCGUCAUGGGACCCACACCACCUCCGCCAUUGCAAAUGGCGCUAACUUUCGGCUUAACAGUGAAUCUCAUAAUUAUGAUGCUCGGUCAUGUGAGCGGUGCGCAUCUUAAUCCGGCUGUUACUAUCGGUUCCGUCAUCGUGGGUCUGAAAUCGAUCCCGACGGGUGUAAUUUACAUUCUGGGCCAGUUUAUCGGUGCUACUUUGGGAUAUUGGCUCUUAAAAACGAUAACGCCUGAGGAGUUGUUCAGUGAUGGAAAUUCGAAUUCGACCGGUGUUUGUGUUACGGUUGUUCAUCCGGGAAUCAGCAGUGCUCAGGCCGUGCUGAUCGAGGUGUUUUGCACGAGUUUCAUACUUUGCGCGGCGUGCGCCACGUGGGAUCCUCGAUGCGCUCACACCACGGAUUCGACCGCGCUCAGAUUCGGCCUGUCAGUCGCCGCCAUUUCCUUCGCUGCGAGCCCGUAUACGGGUUGCAGUAUGAAUCCAGCUCGAACAUUUGGUCCUGCGUUCUGGAAUGAUGCUUGGAAGGAUCAAUGGAUUUAUUGGAUCGGACCUACGUUGGGAGCUUUACUCGGAACGUAUACUUAUCAGAUACUAUUUGCGGAAAAUACUUUGAGAAAGAAAUUUUUUAUUUUAACCAAGGACGAGAAGUCAAGUUCCGUUUUGUCGCAUUUGGAUAACGCACAUAACAACAUUCAGCUUCAAUAAGUUUUUACGAUAAAUUGUCAUAGUCUGUGUAAAUGUGAAGAAAAGACACUUCUUGUAAGUAUUCUUAGAAAAAAAACACAUCUGCAUGACAAAAAAACCAUACUUACGCUCAUUAUUUAUUGAAUCGAUGGAGAUAAUUAUUAUCUUUUGUUUAAAUUAUCAUUCAUCGGUCAUUCUAUCUUUAAAGUAACUUGAAGUUUUAGUAGAUGGCGGACGUGAUGCGCGCGCCAUUACGAUGCUUGAUACAAUAGAAUACAAUUUUCUUGUUCUAUUCAAAAUUCUCUUCUUAUUCUCAAUAUUGUGUAAAACUGCUUUUUUGUCAAGUGCAAAACAAUUGUACAUAUAACAUAAGUAUAAAAUUAUUAUACUAUAUCGCAUUAUAAUUUACAAAAGACAAAACUUAUAAAAGAUAAUCGAUAAAAGCGCGUGAAUCGAUUGUAGACAAUGUUGCGAGCAACAUUAUGCAAUUGUGUGUACAAAGCGUAUUAUAUAUUUGUCUAAGUAUAAAUAAAUAAUUAUAUAUACUUAAAAUUUGUAAAACAAUUUAUUUGU